UAUGUCUGAAAACAACAUCACUAAAAAACAACUCGUUGAAAGAAUUAAUGAAUUAACGACAACAUUCGAAGAACAGAAACGAGUAAUGAAUGAAAAUCAUGCUAAUGAAAUCAGUCUUUACCGAGAAAUAAUUACCACAAAAGAUAAAGAAAUCACAAAUUUGAU